GCCACCCUUUAUUCUUCUACAUGUUUAAAUUGGAAAGUUAGCACUACACCAAAUUAUUUUAAGUACUAGUGACAUGCAAUGAGCUUAUGUAAUAAGUUCUAGAUACUGCAUGGGAAAUUACAUUUAUUUAACUCGUUUCCAAAAGUUUAAUAAGUGAGAGGAAAAACACGUGACAGUUGAAUACUUUGCAAAAAUAACAACAUUGGGAUGCACUUGCAUAACAAAAUAUCAUUGCUAUAUUUAAUUUCAACUGUUUAAAAUUAUGUGGUUUCAGCAUGUUUGACAAACCAUACAAAAUCAACCUCCUGCAAAUCAUAACUGUACUCAAAAGUCCACGUUGAAGCCACCCCGACCGGCAGCCAAUCAGAGGCGAGGAAGCUAUGACAAACCCAUCGCUCGUACAACGUCACUUCCUCUUUCAAGCCAACCUCACCAAAAUGGCACCGAAAAGGCAGCCUGUUGUGAAAAAGAACAAAAAGGGUGCUUGCUGGAAGUUCACCCUGGACUGCACUCACCCUGUGGAGGAUGGAAUUCUUGAUUCUUCCAAUUUUGAAACCUUUCUGAAAGAGAAGGUGAAGGUUAAUGGCAAAACAGGCAACCUGGGAAAUGUAGUGCAAAUUAUGCGUCAGAAGAACAAAAUCAACGUCACGUCAGAGAAGCAGUUCUCUAAAAGGUAUCUUAAGUACCUCACCAAGAAGUACUUGAAGAAGAACAACCUACGAGACUGGCUGAGGGUGGUGGCGUCGGAUAAGGAAAGCUACGAGCUGCGCUACUUCCAGAUCAGUCAAGAUGAUGAAGAAUCUGAUGCUGAUGAAUGAAGAUUCUGUCUUGAGAUAUUUAAUGGGUGUAUCAGGGUCCUGUAUAAGCGGUCACAUCUUCAAAUGCGGGACUACAUGUUUUGAUAUACCUGUGAAUAAAAAGAUACACCCUGAAA